AUGACUUACGAGAAAUUGGUUUACCAUCCCGAGAUUAGCAGAGUUAUUGCCUUUCUUGACACCACGGCUGGAAGGGAAAAACUUCUCCGUACCGUGCAAUACCUCACAAGAUUCCUUGCCUAUCAGUCAAGAGAUGAUUUAGUUGAAUUGGCGUGUCUCAAGCGGAUCCAAUUUUUGAUUGGUAUUAGCAGAAAGCCGUUACGGUUUCUUAAGUUCUUGAAGCAUUUUAGAAGCUUAUUCAUAGUCUUGGAUGACCAACUAAAGGAUAAAAAGCUUCGGGCAUUUGAUGUUCUCAAGCAAGUUGGAUUUGCAGCAUAUUUCUUCCUUGACAGUGUUCAAUGGUUUAAACAACUUGGACUAAUUAAUGACAGAAAAAACAGGAGUAAGUUAGUCGCAAACGCAGGAAUCUAUGGAUUCAGAUGCUGGCUUAUCGCAUUAACAGGUGCGAUUUUGGGCAAUCUCAGGAAGCUGCAUAUCAUAUAUUCCAGGAGAAAGGCGCUUUCUGCAAAUUCCAGUGCACCAGAUGGCAAAGAAGCCGGAAUCAGUACGAAUACUGCCACGGUUGAUUUGUUGGAGAAAGAAGAUUUAAAUAUUGCCAAAGAGCAAAACGAUUUGAUUAAGAAUUCGCUUGACGCUUUGGUUGCAAUGAAUGGUUGUAAUAUUAUCGACGCUACCGAAGGUACGGUCGGCUUAGCUGGAUUGGUUACCAGUAUUAUGGGGCUCAAAGAUCUUUGGAAAAGUACCAAAGUCGGAGUUUGA